UUAAAGUGGACAUCAACUUAACUCGUAAAUUAAUCCAAACUAAAUUGGAAACAGAAUACUGGAACUUUACCACAUUUAUAAAUAGGGGAUAUACCGCAUUCUCUCCCAGCCUAAUAAAAAUUCUCUGCUUUCAACAAUCUAAAGGAAAUAUUUCAAGUACAUAAUGUACACAAAUAAAUAGGCUAACAUUAGGCCACUACCUAAACAAGGCCCAAAUAACCAAAAUGAACGUUAUAAGCUGUGAUAUAUGAGACGUACAUAUGUGAGGUGGUGGAAAGCACCAUAUAAUAUACAGCUGUGCAAAAAGGAACCACUUCCCAACACUGCUAAAUUAUGGCAACAUUUGUAACUUCAUUGCGAACGAACGAAUACAUCACACAAUUUUGAACCAAAAUCAAUGCUUAUAUUUAAAAUCAUAGUAAAUACAUAAUCGGUGAUGCCGUUUUCCUCGUAACUAACGUCGACGGCCAAAUAAUUCUUUGCAAAAAAUCUGCACACCUGACGCAAUCUGGUUGAGAGCUAAAAGGAAUUUAAAGUCCUGAGGGACAUUUAAAAAAAACACAUAAUCAAUACACUCAGCUAAAGAAAUCACAACCAAAUGGGCGCCGAGCACUCCCAGCAACGCGCCGAGGGAGAUGGGCACGAAAUAUUCGAAGGUCGAAACAGCAGAUAUGGAAAUGUGAGCAUGGCUCAAGCCGAACAGCAGCUCAGCAAUGCCGCUGCUGCGUUCGGAGAUGGCAGCACGAUGGCCCUGACAGCAGCCGCAGCAGCUGCAGCCAACAAACGCCGAGGAGCUGGCGCGCAGCGGCAACAAAUGCAUGGCAAUAGUAUGGCUGGGAACAGUCAUCAAUCCAGCAUAGUGAUUGCAAGCAAGCAAAUCAUAUCGGACACGGCGUCGCCCACAAGCUCCGAGCUGAGUCGCCCGCCGUCGCCACCACUCAGCGUCUGUUCCGACCUACCCUAUGUAUCGUACACAGAUCGACCUAUUGGAGACUCGCCUAAGAUACGCAAUAAGCCGCAUAUGCUUCAACAGAGUUCCGCCAAUCGCGCCGCUGUACGUAAGUCCCAUCCAGGCGGUCUUGCCAGCGUGAAGCCAAAGCGGCCACAGUCCACAGCCUCUAGUCAUAGCAUAGUCAUUGUCAAGCCAGGGGCGCGGGAUACGCACGACGAUAUCGAUCCGGAUUUGGCGCGGUUGCGCAAAAUUCCGCAGUUCCUGCCCGUGUUGCGUGAAACCAUUACAUCGGCCACCUUUACGCGCGAUGCUGAAAUUCUGGAGCGCCUGCAUUCGGAACAUCUCUUGAGCAUUUGCGUGCGCAUGCAGACUCACUUAAAUCUUUGCGCCAACCAUGUGGCUAGCGAACAGAAUCAUUUGGUCGAACGCACGAAAGUGGUGAGCAACUCCAUUACCACAUUGUUCGCUUCGUUUGUGGACAUGCAGAAGACCUAUGCCUCCUAUGCGGAACAGUUCGCCAAAAUACGCGGCGUAUCCCAACAGCUGAGUCGCUGUAAUUCGCUGUUGCAUGAAAAUAUUGCCAGUCUGGAGGCAAUCAACAAUUUCCUAGACGAUGAGGAUCGCUUGGAGCCCUUUAUUUGGCGCACCGAUGACAACAAGCUGCGCGGCGAGGCAGAGGGCGCGGCUGGCGGGAAUAGCAGUCGGCUCUGGCGGCUCUAAAAUGUUCAUAUUUCAAUCCCAUUACGUGUUGUAGUUGUAAGCAUUUUAUUAUUACAUUGAAUCUGCGGUGUUUCACGAACAUACAUACAAAUUUAUGCACUUAAACGCAUUAAUUGUUAAUAACAAUAGAAUUAUUUGUACAAAUAGGUACACAAAUACUUUUACUUCUACACAUAAAUUGGACUAGACGAGACUUUGGAACACCGUAGUACAUUCAUAUAUUGUAUUUCUAUUUAACUAAUUAUAUAUGUAUUUAUCCGGGUGAUCUCAUAUUUCAUGUAACCUUGUUAAACAUUCAGUUAUGUAUGUAAAUACAAAUACAGCACUAUGUUGUGCAUAUGUUUACACAUAAAAAGACCCUAAAAAUGUGAGUUUUUCGUUUCCCUCAUUUUCUAAAAAAAACCAAUAUACAUAUAUACAUGUAUGAGUUUUUCCCUUCUUCCUUGCUUUUUGAUUCUCAGAGAGAGAGUAUGCCUAUUGCGUAUAAAUAUUACACAUAUAAAUACAUUUAUAUACAUAGAGGUAUCAAGUUUU